AUGCGCACCGUUCUGAUCCGGCUGUUGAGCCACCGCCCGUCCUGGCGGUGGACGCGGGCGCACACUCCGCUGCGUCAAGCCCACUCGUCCUCGCGGCGUGCGCGAGUAGCUCCCAUCGCGCGCCCCAGUCGAAAUGCCCCCGCCCCCACAGUGUACGUCGACACCGGUCUUCGCAUCGCCCUAGUGGGCCGGCCCAACGUCGGCAAGUCCACUCUUUUCAACCAGCUGGCCUCGGCUGUGCGCGGCCGCGGCACGGACGGCGUGUCCAACCCCGCUCCGCUGGUCUUUGUUCGCUCCGUCGUGCACGCGCUGCCGGGCGUUACCCGCGACCCGCGCGAGGCCUCGGCUGCCAUAUCCGAUCUCCGCUUCACUGUCACUGACACCGCCGGCCUGGAGGAUGCCGUCUCGGAGGCCCUGGAGAGGAAAGCAGAGCCGCGCGCAGACGGCGAGGUCACCCUUGUGGCAGCGACGGCUAUGACCGAUACACCGGUGUAUCGCAAUUUGUAUCGCAAGAUGGAAGCGGGGACAGCGGCUGAAGUCCGGGAUGCCGACGUCGUCUUCUUCAUGUUUGACGCCGCCCAUGGCUUGACACAAGUCGAUCGCGCGAUAGCGCUAUGGCUACGGAAGGAAGCUUCGGAGAAAGAUAUCGUGGUCGUCGCAAAUAAGUGCGACGUUGCCGGCGCUGAGAACAAUGCCAUAGAAGCAUACGAGCUGGGCUUUGGUGAUCCUGUCGUGUUGUCGGCCGAACAUAAACUAGGUCUGGCAGAUCUCUACACGGAAAUCAAUCGUGUCUAUAUGAAUCGCGGAAAGCAGGGCAAUGCCGCGCCAGCACAAUUAGUCGAUGCGGAGGGGACUGAGAGAACCGAGAAUGACGAACUUCGAGAGUCAUUCGAUGAUGAACUUGUGCUUGGCUAUGGACAAAAAGUCGGCGAAGAGCCGCUGCGCCAGCUUAUCGUGUCCAUAAUUGGACGGCCUAACGUAGGAAAGUCUACUCUAUUGAAUCGACUGGUUGGAGAGGAAAAGUCAAUCGCUGGACCGGUUGCCGGCAUUACGCGGGACUCUGUCCUGUGCGAGUGGAAGCUGCCGGAAAACAUUUCUCGACCGGACGACGUGCCAGUCUGGUUGGUUGAUACCGCUGGGAUCCGUGCUCGUGUUAAAGUGGAGACGGAGAACCUGGAACGGUCAAGCGUGCGGUCGUCCCUUCGUGCGUUGCGCCAUUCGCAUGUCGUUUUGAUCGUGCUGGACUCUACAAAUCCCCUUGCGCAUCAAGACAUGAAAUUGAUAGACGUGGCGAUUACUGAAGGGAGGGCGGUCGUCAUCGUAGUGAACAAGAUGGACAAACUCCAUGUCGAUAACAUGGAUUCUUGGAGAGAAUCAUUGAGAUAUGCGAUUGACAGCAAGGUGCAUGCCCUGCAAGGGGUGGAGGUGGUGGAAAUAUCGGCAAAAGAUUGGAGCGAUGGAGAUGCACAGAUGAGGCGGUUGUUCUGGGCUGUGCAGAAAUCUAGAGAGCGAUGGGAAAAACGGGUUCCAACAUCGGCUCUGAAUCGGUUUGUUGCCAACUUUAACGAAAGGCUGAGUGUCGGAGGUCGAAUUGAUGGAGAGAAACGCAACCGGAUCGGCGUGACAAAAUUCAUCUCGCAGAAGAAGAUUAGACCGCCCAUGUUUCGUCUUGACGGGUCGUCUGCCGUCUCUAUGAAUUAUUUGAGAUCCCUUACCAAUGCGAUCCGGAAAGAGUUUGGGUUCGAGGGCGUACCCAUUCGAGUGAAGAGGCCCUCCAGGCGGAAGCGAAAGUAG